UGUGAAUGGUAAGGCGGUACCUGGGACACAUGACAGAUCCCAGAAGCCGCCGGACCAAUCACAGAGCGCAAGUGCUUCUCGCUCAUGCGCACUGGGCACCCGGCUGUCAUGCCGAGCGCCAUUACAGAAGCCGGGAAGACAGCGCGCGGCUGGAUCGAGGAACAGGUAAGGUCCUGCUGCAGAGAAGAGCUGAGCAGCCAGCCCAGUAUGCCAACAUGGUGGCGGCAGCAGAAAUACCGGACCGGCCGCUCCAUAUUCGCUCCAUAAGAAGCACUGAC